AUGGCUGCUCGCUACCGCGUCUUUACAGGCACCAAAGUCCUUCUCGACUCGGACGACCAGCCCCGCCCUGCUACCAUCGUCGUUGACGUGAAGACGGGCAAGAUAACCGACGUCCGCAGCGGAACAGACCACAGGGCCGCCUUCCCCGACGUCAGCGACGCCGAUUGGAUAGACGCAGGAGACAACCUCGUCCUACCGGGCCUCGUCGAUGCACACGUCCACCUAAAUGAGCCCGGACGCACAGACUGGGAGGGCUUCUGGACCGGCACACGCGCAGCCGCGUCCGGCGGCGUCACCACCGUCGUCGACAUGCCCCUCAACUCCAUCCCGCCUACGACAACCGUCAGCAAUCUCGAGGCGAAGCGUGCGGCCGCGCAAGGGCAGUGCUGGGUCGAUGUCGCGUUCUGGGGCGGCGUCAUCCCCGAGAAUCAGACACAUCUCCGUCCACUGAUAGAUGCGGGCGUCAAGGGCUUCAAGUGCUUCAUGAUCGAGAGCGGCGUUGAGGAAUUCCCAUGUGUGAACGAGGCUGAUCUGGUCGCUGCCAUGGAGAAAAUCAAAGACACGUCCACAGUGCUCUGCUUCCACGCCGAGCUUGACGACGGACACGCGCACGUCUCCGCUGACGCCGACCCCACGCUCUACUCGACCUUCCUUGCCUCGCGCCCGCAGCAGCUCGAGGUCGACGCGAUCCGCCUCAUCACCGCGCUCCACACGCGCUUCCCGGCCCUCCGCCUGCACAUCGUGCACCUCUCCGCCGCCGCCGCCCUCCCGCUCGUGCGCGCAGCCAAGGCGGCCGGGCGCUCGCUCACCGCCGAGACGUGCUUCCACUACCUCGCGCUCGCGGCGGACGACAUCCCCGCGGGGCACCCCGAGUUCAAGUGCUGCCCGCCCGUGCGCGGCGCGGAGAACCGGGCGGCGCUGUGGGCGGCGCUGGAGGACGGCACGCUCGACUGCGUGGUGAGCGACCACAGCCCGUGCGUCGCGGCGCUGAAGCGGGUCGAGGAGGGCGACUACAUGAAGGCGUGGGGCGGGAUCAGCACGCUGGGGCUCGGGCUGAGCCUGCUGUGGACGGAGGCGCGGGCGCGCGGGAUUGGGAUCGGGAGGGUGUUGGAGUGGACGGCGCGCGCGACGGCGAGACACGCGGGGCUGGCGGAUAGGAAGGGCCGGUUGGCGGUGGGGUACGACGCAGACGUGGUGGUGUGGGACCCGGAGGCGGAGUUCACCGUGACGCGCGAGGGGCUGAACUUCAAGAACAAGCUGUCGGCGUACGAGGGCCGCACGUUGAAGGGGCAGGUCGCACAAACGUAUGUGGGCGGGCAGCUGGUGUACGAGCGCGAGCGUGGGUUUGAGGGGCUGCAGCCAGCGGGCAAGCUCUUGUGA